AUGGUUCGCUUCUCCCUUGCCGCAGCAUUCUUCGCUGCUUCUUCCCUUGCAAUUCCCAGUCCCUUGACACCAGACCCAUCUGGUGAUAAGAACGUCGGCAAUGGCAACGGCGUCCAGUUCAUCGGCGGCGCUUGCCUCAACAGUAAAGACUGCGCCUCAACCUGCUGCGCGACUCUAAACGGCGCCGGCAUCUGCUCUGGACUUGGAGCCCAAUUCCAGGCAGGCAAAACAGGAUGCGGCUUCGGUGAUGGUGGUGCUGCUGCAGCACCCGCCGCGUCCCAGGGAGCAGGCCAGGCUGCUCCGUCCAUGGAAGCCGCCGCCGGAAGCGGAGGCGGCGCAGGAUCAGGGACAUCUUCGAACGUCGGCGCCGGUAACGGCCAACAGUUCAUCACUGGGCAAUGUCUGUCUGAUGCGGAUUGCGCCUCGGGGUGCUGUAACGGCCCCAAGGGUGCUUGUGCCGCCAGAGCCGUCGCAACGGAGAAUGGCAAAGCAGGCUGCGGCUUUACGGGCACGGGAGCGGGUGCCGCCACUGGCUCUACUGGAGGCGGCACGGCCGCUGAGGCUGCCGCUCCGCCCCAAGCUGCUCCGUCCGUAGGUACAGGUGCAGGUUCUGGCGCUGCUGCUGGCACCUCUGGUGCUCCUGGCUCACAGAAUGUUGGCAAAGGGAAUGGUCAGCAGUUCAUCACGGGUCAGUGUCUCUCGAACGCGGACUGUGCUUCCGGCUGCUGUGCCGGGCCUAAGGGAGUUUGUUCGGCCACGGCGGUUGCUAAUGAGAGUGGAAAAACUGGAUGUGGAUUUACGGCGGCAUGA